AUGGACGCGGAGCAGCUGCGGGAGUGCGGGCACCGGAUGGUGGAUUUCAUCGCCGAUUACUACAAAUCCAUGGAGACAUUUCCCGUCCUCAGCCAAGUCCAGCCAGGAUAUCUAAAGGAACUUCUUCCAGAUUCAGCUCCUAACCAACCUGAUACUUUGGAUGCCCUUUUUGACGAUAUUCGUGAGAAGAUGAUACCUGGAGUAACUCAUUGGCAAAGUCCAAGUUAUUUUGCAUACUAUCCCUCAAAUAGCAGCACUGCUGGAUUCCUGGGGGAGAUGCUUAGUGCUGCCUUUAACAUCGUUGGCUUCAGUUGGAUAACCUCUCCUGCUGCAACUGAGCUAGAGGUUAUAGUCUUAGAUUGGUUUGCAAAAAUGCUUAAGCUUCCAAGCCAAUUUCUGUCAGAUGUGCCUGGUGGAGGAGUAAUCCAGGGUACUGCCAGUGAAGCAGUUCUUGUUGUACUAUUGGCUGCACGAGAUAGAACUUUAAAGAAGCAUGGGAAAAAAUCCCUUGAAAAGUUAGUAGUUUAUGCAUCUGAUCAGACACAUUCUGCUCUGCAAAAGGCAUGCCAGAUUGCAGGAAUUUUCCCAGAGAACUUCAGAGUUGUCAAAGCUGACUGUAGUAAGAACUAUGCUGUUGCACCUGAAGCGGUGACAGAGGCCAUUUCCAUUGACUUGUCAUCUGGCUUGAUACCAUUCUUCAUCUGUGCAACAGACAUCCAUUUUCUAUACCUACUGAUUAUUUAUGAAGUUUUUGGAACUUCUAUACCAUCUUGUCCCAGGAUUGCAACCAGGACAUCCUGA